GGCCUUUGCCGGGUGCUUCAGUCGCGGUUCAAACGUUCCGGUGAUAACAUCGAGCUUCUCCGCAAAGCCUUCGAACGGGAACUCUAGUAUAACUUACAGAGAAUACAACCAUGGACAAUAAGAUGGUUCUCGUCUCAGCGUCAAUGCUCCUCUUGGUCGCCAUCCUGGCUUCGCACAACGGUGUCCAUGCGAGGUCCGUUGUCCCCGACGGCCUCCAGGAUCUUGAAAUUCCUCGUCAGGAAAGCGAUUUGUUCGCCGUCAGAAGAAAGAGGCAGGUGUUCGACGCCUCGUGCAAAGGGAUCUACGAUCGAAAGCUUUGGGCCAAGCUCAACAAUGCGUGCUUGGACUGCCAGAACAUCUACAGAGGGAAUCCGGCUAUUGAGGGAGAAUGCAGGGAAAACUGCUUCGGUACAGGGGUCUUCUACGAAUGCAUCAGGGACCUGAAACUACCCGCGAAAAAUUACUUAUAUUUUGCCGAACUCUUGAGAAAAAGCUAGUGUGUAGAAGCAAUUAUACCUCAAGGAUCAGAAAUCGAUACAGCUGAAAAAAAUAUAUGUCUAUAUUUUACAUUCGUAAUCCCUCUAUAAACAACUAAACUCAAGCAGCAACAACCAGAUUGCCAAGCUCCUCGUUAAAGGAACCACUUCCCUGUUGAAAUCUUUUUCCCGCGCGUCAGCAAAAGAAUGGCGUUUCCUGUUUAUCUCGUUCAGCGAAGGUGGAAGUGUGGAGUGUGGAGUGUGUUGUGUUGCACUGGAGUAAUGUGGAUCACUCUCCUGCAGUGGAGAGGUUGAACAGAGAGGUGUUUGUGGGGAAAUCUGCGAAGGAUUAGCAGGAUGGGGAAAAUAUGCAGAAGUUUGGAGAAGAUUGGAAAAUUACAGGCCAGUAAGAUUGGAAAAUUGUUCUAGAAACGAAAACGGGAAAGGUGUAUAUAUGAAAUAAAAUUAGAAGAAAUACUGGAGAAAACAAGAGGAAGAAAAAAAAACAUAUAUACGCGCAAGAAACGAGAAGAUUAAAGAGCAAAGACAAGUUAGGAGAAGCAUAGAAGUAACCGAAGAAACGAGAAGAAAGGAAAUGGAACGUGCAAAAUACAGAAGAAAAUUAAAAAAAAAACGACAAGAAAAGAGCCAAAGUGAACAAUUACAUCAAUUUCAUCGGAAGUGAAGAAAAGAUGCGUGACAAUGAACACGUGAACUAUAAUUGUUAUCGGUUAUUUAUUACAAUUUCCUGUCUCUUCUUUGGGCAUUCCUGUAACAAAGGUUUAGAAGACCGAAAUUGCUGACGUCAUACAAGACAAAUUACUGUUAAAAUUCGCGAUAAGAUUAUAGUUUCACUUCGUCGAGUUUCUUGCAUGUAUCGCAAUUAAUACGUACAUAUAUACAUGUCUUUAUAUACACGUGUGUGUGUGCGUGUACAUGUAUGUAUUUUUCAUGUGUUGUUCUAGUCGGAUAUGAUUGUAAUUGUUUCAUAUUUUUGUACCUGCUUUACAUAUUUAAAUAAUUUAUGAUUUAAAGAUAAGUAUACUAAUUUUGUUGA